AUGAUAAAGUGUAAAGAUAAGAUGUUCAGAUUGAACUAUAAUUUAUCAGUGGUCCUGCUAAUAAAUUCUUUUAUAUUACUGACUCUGGUCAGAAACUAUUCAGUUCCUUGGAGAGGUCAAGAUUGGUCACCACCACAGUUUCCUUCUCAGCGAUGGUUGAACAGAUGUACAAUUUUGUAUUUAAAAACAUAUCUGGUGCAGACUUUAUACUUUUUAAAUGUUCGCCAUAUUAUCCAAACUUAA